GAAAGAGAAUCCAUCAACAAUUUUAAAUACAUGAUAGAAAAACAGUGGUCUUUUGAACUUUCAACUAACGCAUGCAAGGAAAUAUAUCAAAAUAAGUGGAACAAGCCAGCUAUACUUCCGUUGACAUCAGACAUUAAAUUAUUUAGAGAUUACAUUAUUAGUGUGGAAAAAGAGGCGUAUCACUCACUUAAAUUAAAUCCAGAUAAUAUGUCAGCGUUUAAAGAGCUCCAAGAAAGUAUAAUGGUACAAAUUGUAUUGCUUAACCGGCGUAGGGCUGGAGAAGUGCAACGUAUCCUAUUAGAUACUUACAUCAAUGCACCGUCAGAAGUUUCUCAGGAAGAAAUUAGCCAUGCGCUGUCUCCGGUUGAAUUAGAACUUACUAAAAGUUUUAAAAGAAUAGUAAUCCGCGGAAAGCGUGGACGAGGUGUUCCAAUUUUGUUCACAAUACAUCAGCAAAAGCGUUUGACUUUUUUAUUGAAACUUAGAGAAUCUGCUAGCUUUAUAAACAAUGAAAACCCAUUCUUAUUUCCUUUAACACAAUGUUCUACUAGUUGUAUGAGAGCUUCUGAUGUUAUUCGAAAAUUUGGUCAAAAAUCUGGGGCAGAGCAUCCGGAAAAUAUUACUUCAACUCGUCUGAGAAAACACGUUGCCACGGUUUCACAAUUGCUCAAUUUAUCUGAUGGCGAUAUAGAACAACUUGCAACAUUUAUGGGUCAUACGAAAGACAUUCACAAACAUUUUUAUAGACUGACUGAUAAUGCAUUUCAGGUAGCAAAAGUCAGCAAACUGCUGUUACUCAUGGAAAAAGGCGAGGGCCAGAAGUAUCGCGGGAAGACUUUAGAUGAGAUCAACAUCAGUGCUAAUGAUUUAGUUUCUGACGAAGAUGAAAAUGAAGCGGAUGAUGAUUUACAAGAAAAGGACUCCUCCCCAGACCUCGAUCUAAUAAAUGAAUUAAAUACAGAAGAACCACGUUCAGUUAUAAAAAAACAAAUGUUAAACAAAAAUAUUAAAAUUAUACCGUGGACCGACAAUGAAAAACAAAUAAUGACUAAACAUUUUAAAAAUAACAUUUUUUUAAAUAAAGCUCCCAAAAAACAUGAAUGUGAAAAUUUUGCAAAACAAAAUAAAAUUAAUAAGCCUUGGAAAAAAAUAAAAGAUUUUGUGCACAAUGCUGCCAAUAGCUAUAAAAAUAAAAAUUUGAAGUAAUAAUCAUCAAGUAAUAUUACUAUUUACUAUGUUAUUAUUCAAUUUUUUGCAAGCUGGUUAAUUUUAUAAUAAAUACAGAUAUAA